AACAAAGAGCACGUUUGUCAAAAUGGGUCCAGUUGUAGAGAUAAAUCAGGGUAAACUAGAAGGUAUCGAAUGUAGUGAUAACACCUUUAUAUUUAGGGGUAUACCCUACGCUAAACCACCGAUUGGUCAGCUGAGAUUUUCCGACCCCUUACCUCCAAAGUCCUGGACAGGAAUACGAGAUGCAACAAAACCAUGCAACACUUGUUUUCAAAAGACCAUGCACUCUCCUGACAACACCUUAAUCGGAGACGAGGAUUGUUUAUAUUUGAACGUAUUCACACCUGAACUUCCUUCAAAGAGCUCAUCUCUUCGCCCUGUCAUGGUUUUUAUCCAUGGUGGAGGGUUUGUUUACGGAAAUGGAACCGAUUAUGAGCAGACGGAUGUACAUAGCAAUUUUGUGGAAAGAGGCGUAGUCGUUGUAACGUUUAACUACAGACUUGGAAUACUUGGAUUUUUAAGUUUGGACUUGAAAGAUGCUCCAGGAAAUAUGGGGUUGAAAGAUCAAACUCUUGCACUUAAAUGGGUAAAAAAGAAUAUCGAUAAGUUUGGUGGAAACCCUAAUGAUGUAACUCUUUAUGGAGUAAGCGCGGGUGCAGCAUCUGUUGAAUAUCUGAUGGUUUCACCUAUGUCCAGGGGACUUUUUCACAAAGCAAUUGCUCAGUCCGGUUCGUCAAUGUCUCCCUGGUCUCACACAAGUGUCAUUAAAGAUAUAAGCCGCAAAAUAUCAGUUUUCAAAGGAAUAUUUUUUUCAAAUGAUGCUGAAAUUCUACAAUAUCUAAAAAAAAUGCCAAUUGAAGAUUUAAUCCUAACUACAGAUAGAGUUACAUUGGCUGAAAAUAUGCCUGGCGGCAUAUCCUUUGGAUUUUGUCCAUGUAUAGAGAAGCCAGAUGGCUGGCAAGCCUUUUUAGAGGAAUCAGAGUAUGAACUGCUAAAACAAGGCAAUUUUGCAAAAGUGCCAUACAUGACCACCUAUGACAGUAGAGAAGGUCUGAUUGUCGCAACUUGUGGUUCAAAUUUACAGAAAAUGGUCACCGAGAAAAAUUUCGGUGAAUUUUUGAAAAGAUACUUUAGAAUGGAUGAUGCUACAGCUGCCGAAUACAACGCCAAAUUCAAAAAACUUUAUUUAUCGCUGAACAUUUUUCCUGAACCGGAUGCUUUUGCCAUAGAAUUCUUUUCGGAUUUAGACUUUCUUGCUGGAAUAUAUUUAGCAGCUAAGAUGAUGUCUAAAUAUAACCCGUCUGUAUAUUUAUUAGAAUUUUCUUAUGAAGGCAAUUUGGGCAUUAUAAAGAAACUGUUUUCGCUACAUAACUACAAGGGAACCUGUCACGGUGACGAUUGGGGAUACAUUUUGAAAAACAACCAUAUACUUGAAGGAAUUCAACCUUCCGAAGCUGAUAAAGUAACAAGCCAGCGAUUAUUAACGUUAUAUACAAACUUCAUCAAACAUGGGAAACCUACUAUUGAAAUAAAUGACAUUAUCCCUACACACUGGGAGCCUGUUGAGUAUUCCAACGUGAAGUACCUCGAGAUGACUGAGGAUCUGAAGAUGAAGAGCAACCCGAUGCAUGAACGAAUGGCACUAUUCGAAGAACUAUAUGACAAAUAUUUCGCAAAGUAAUGUAAACCAAUCUACUUCAUAUUGUUAAACAUACAUACGUGUAAACCAUUGUAAACCCUGACUGAUUAAUAGGCUUCGAAGUUACGAAAAUACCUCCAAUUUGGGUGAAAGUUUAUAAAUGCAAUAUAAAUAUAAAAAAUAAUUUAUUAUAUGUUAAUGCGCAGCAGCAUGCAUUGACAUACAAAAAAAAUAUUUUUAUAGCA